GUGCACCGGUGUCGUACGUUUUGCAGAAUCACCAUGGCGUCUGUGUUGAAAGAGACCGCAGGACUGUAUGAAACGUUGAAAGCUGAAUGGAAUAAGAAAAACCCGAAUUUAAACAAAUGUGGAGAGAUACUGAGCAAACUCAAGAUUUCUCUAUUGGAAUUGAAUUUCUUGCCUACCACUGGGACUAAACUCACCAAGCAGCAGCUUAUCUUGGCUCGAGAUGUGCUGGAGAUUGGAGCUUUGUGGAGCAUCCUGAAAAAAGACAUUCCUUCUUUCGAGCGAUACCUGGCUCAGCUGAAGUGUUAUUACUUUGAUUACAAAGAUGAAUUGCCAGAGUCAGCCUACAUGCACCAGCUGCUGGGUCUAAACCUACUCUUCCUGCUCUCUCAGAACAGAGUAUCUGAGUUUCAUACAGAGCUAGAGAGACUGAGUGCUAAAGACAUCCAGACCAAUGUGUACAUCAGACACCCAGUUUCUUUAGAGCAGUACUUGAUGGAGGGCAGUUAUAACAAGGUGUUUCUUGCGAAAGGAAAUAUCCCUGCUGAGAGCUACACUUUCUUUAUAGACAUUCUUCUUGAUACUAUCCGUGAUGAGAUUGCAGGAUGCAUCGAGAAGGCUUACGAGCAGAUACAAUUCAACGAGGCCACAAGGGCACUUUUCUUUCCCUCUACAAAAAAGAUGACUGAAUAUGCUAAGAAAAGGGGCUGGACACAGAGCCCUGAUGGAUACUACUCCUUCAGCUCCCAGCAACAGCGCACAGAGGAAGUGACUAUCCCCUCCACAGAGCUGGCCCAGCAGGUCAUCGAAUAUGCAAGACAGCUUGAGAUGAUUGUGUAGUGCAACCACAAAGGAGGCCUCUUUCACCACCCCAAAUACACACACACACACACACACACACACACACAUGCAUCUAUACAUAGUAAUCCAUUUUGCUCAAACAACGUUUAUACCCCCAGAGUAAUAUUUAUGUACACCGGUGCUCACACAUACAUACACAGACAUUAAAGGAUUACUCUGCUUGCUGGCUAUGAAUGGUCCUUAAAACUGUUUUAUCCUCUAUUAAACACUUGUGCCUGUCUGAGUGGACAUGAGGAAAUCAGGACUCUUGAUUAGUAUGUCUGUGUGUGUUUGUGUGACAUAAAAUGCAAUACUUUUGCAUUACAUAUGCACAGUUUAUCGCUGAGGAACAAGUACUUAAGCAGCAGCCCAUGCUGGUGUGUAGUCAAAUGUCUACAAGUUGCCAUGUGUAAUUCAUUUGAGGGUUUUUGUCUCAUUGUUUCUGAUGGAUUAUAAAAGUAGAAAUAAAAUUUGGUUCUGACUUGUGCAAGUUUUAAUUUUGUCAGAAGCCAAAGACUCAUUGACUUGUUCACUGUUGCCCUCAGAAUGUUUGCAGAAUUACUACACAUUUAGAUGCCCCUGCCUUGUAUCCUAGCAACCAAAAGAGGGUUGCUGUGAAAAUUUGUGGGUGUUUUUUAAUUGGUCAUUUCUGGCACCCAUUAAUGGGCUGAAUUCUACUUGAUCAAAAAAAAUGCAGCUGUUUAUUUCAGUAAUUGUUACAAACAAUGAUAAUUCUUAAGAAUAAAAUUCUUUUUUGACCUUA